GAGGAGGGAGAGUUUCCUGGUUAGACACUCUCUUUUGGAACGUUGGAUGUUCGAAUGUUCUGUUGCCUCCUCGGGAUUUUUCCCGGGGAAUCGCUACGCGCCAUGUGGCGGGGCAGCCUCUGCCUGCGACUGUUGCAGACUCUGAAGCCCUGGGGAAGCGUUGCUGCGAUUGGAAGCCCCAAAGGUGUCCAAGGACGGGUUGAUGCCGUGACCCGAAAAGCCUUAGCAGCUUCCUUCUCUCCCUCGUGGAUGUCUCGGGUAGGAUUACGAACAUUUACCACAGUAGAGAAAUCUGAGCUGUGGGGUAGAGAAGGAGCCGCCGGAGCGGAGCUUCAAACCUUGCAAGAAGCGGAUAGAGAUGAGCAGGAAUCGAGCAUCAGUUCAGAUCCUGUUUCUUGGGUAUUCAACAUUGAUGAUAUGGUAUCACUUAUAAGACAAGAAAAUGCCAAAGAUAUUUGUGUUAUCAAUUUGCCUCCAGAAAUAAAGUACAGCAAUUAUUUUAUAAUUUGCAGUGGAUCUUCUGCAAGACAUCUUCAUGCCAUGGCACAAUAUUUGAUAAAAAUGUACAAGCAUAUGAAGAACGAUACUGAUCCUCAUGUUGUGAUAGAAGGAAAAGAGACUGAUGACUGGCUAUGCAUUGAUUUUGGCAACAUUGUAGUCCAUUUCAUGUUGCCAGAGACACGAGAAAUCUACGAAUUGGAAAAGUUGUGGACACUUCGCUCUCAUGACGAUCAGUUGACACAGAUGGUUCCAGAAUCUUUACCUGAUGACUUUGUGUUUGGGCUAGAUUCUAAACAGCAGUGAUUUAACAUCACAUCUAAGGAUCAGAAAGAACUUUGGUCAACUGAGUUACUGAGCCAAUUCUUGGGAAGAAAAAAAUGAAAUGGAGCAUGUCAACUUGCAACUAUCAAGUGUCAGCAUUAGGUAGUAUUGAUAAGUGCCUGACUUACAACCAUUUAUUUUGUGAUCAUUCAAAGUUACAGUGCCACUUUAAAAAGUGAUUAGAAUUGUUCUUCACAACUGUUGCAGUAUCCCCAGGGUCACAUGAACAAAAUUUGAAUGUGAGGCAAUUGGUUCGUGUUUUCUGGUUGCACUGUCCCAGGAUCAUGUGAUCCGUCUUUUGCAAUCUUCUGAUAAGCAAAGUCAGUGGGGAAUCCAGAUUCAUUUAACAACGAUGUUACUAACUUCACUGCCAGGAUUCAUUUAAUAGCUAUGACAAGAAAGAUCAUAAAAUAGGAGAAAUUUUGCGUUAACAAGUGUCUCACUUAGCAACAGAGAUUUUGGGCUCAGUUGUGGUCAUUAAAUAGAAGACUACCUGUAUAGAACUUAUCAAUGGAAGUCAGUAAUGGCCUAUGGAAAAGACACUGGUUCUUGUUGCAAAGGCCAAAAGCUUUUAACACCUGGAAAAUAGUUAUUUUAAAUAAUUCCUAUUGACGUUUGGGUCUUUUGGAUAGUGGCUUGUUACAUUGAUUGCUGUGCUACUUAUGUCAUCAGUAAGUUAAUAAAGUUGUUUUGAAAUAUU